AUGGGCAAGAAGGCCAUCGACUCGCGCAUUCCAGCCCUCAUCCGCAAUGCUGCCCAGGAACACAAGCGCGGCUUCUUCGUAGUCGUCGGCGAUCGCCAAAAGGAUGUCAUCGUCAACCUGCACUAUAUCCUCCAGACUGCCAACCUCAAGGCAAACAAGUCCGUCCUUUGGGCUUACAAGAACAAGCUGCUAGGCUUCACCAGCCAUCGCAAGAAGAGAGAACAAAAGAUCAAGAAAGAGAUCAAGCGCGGAAUCCGUGAUGUCGACAACGAGGACCCCUUCGAGCUGUUUGUCUCGACCCAGAACAUCCGCUAUGUCUACUACAAGGAGACGGAGAAGAUUCUGGGAAACACCUACGGCAUGUGCAUCCUGCAGGACUUCGAGGCCAUCACUCCCAACCUUCUCGCCCGUACCAUCGAAACCGUUGAAGGAGGAGGUCUUGUCGUUAUGCUACUCAAGGGUAUGAGCAGUUUGAAGCAGCUUUACACACUCUCUAUGGAUAUCCACUCUCGCUACCGUACAGAGGCCCAUGGUGAUGUUGUCGCUCGCUUCAACGAGCGCUUCAUUCUGUCUCUCGGAAGCUGUGACUCGUGUCUGGUCAUCGAUGAUGAGAUGAACGUUCUGCCCAUUUCUGGAGGAAAGACUAUCCAGCAGUUGCCUCCCCCGGACCCGGAAGAGCAGGGUCAAACUCCCGCUGCCAGGGAGCUCGCAACCAUCAAGGAGAGUCUUGCCGACACUCAGCCCGUCGGAUCUCUGGUUACCCUGGCCCGUACUGUCGACCAAGCAAAGGCCUUGCUUACAUUCGUGGACGCCAUCGCCGAGAAGACUCUGCAAAGUACCGUCACCUUGACUGCUGCUCGUGGUCGUGGUAAGUCGGCCGCAUUGGGUGUUGCCAUCGCUGCCGCUGUCGCCCACGGUUACAGCAACAUCUUCAUCACUUCGCCCAGCCCCGAAAACUUGAAGACUUUGUUCGAAUUCGUCUUCAAGGGUUUCGAUGCCUUGGGUUACCUCGAUCACGUCGACUACACCAUCAUCCAAUCUACUAACCCCGACUUCAACAAGGCCAUUGUCAGAGUCAACAUCCACCGUCAACACAAGCAGACCAUUCAGUACAUUCAGCCUCAGGACGCCUACACUCUUGGUCAAGCAGAACUUCUGGUCAUCGAUGAAGCUGCCGCAAUUCCUCUGCCUCUGGUUAGAAAACUCAUGGGCCCUUACCUGGUCUUCAUGGCCUCAACUAUCAACGGUUAUGAAGGUACUGGUCGUUCGCUGUCGCUCAAGCUGAUCCAGCAACUCCGUGAGCAGUCUCGCGGAGGCUCCAAAACCAGUGACGAGCAGGUCGCUGAUCGUUCCACCGGAAGAUCCGCCAAGGAUGAAAAUCAGGUCGCUACUGCUGGUCGUUCCCUACGCGAAAUCACACUUUCGGAGCCUAUUCGUUAUGCUCAGGGAGAUUCUGUCGAGAAAUGGAUGAACCGCCUUCUCUGUCUCGACGCUACUCUUCCUCGAGCAUCAACCACUCGUGGCUGCCCUCAUCCCGACCAGUGCCAGCUUCUCUCCGUCAACAGAGAUACUCUGUUCUCCUUCCACCCCGUUUCGGAAAAGUUCCUCCAGCAGAUGAUGGCACUCUACGUUGCUUCACACUACAAGAACACCCCCAACGACCUACAGCUCAUGUCCGAUGCUCCUGCUCACCAGCUGUUCGUACUUGUGCCUCCGGUAGAAGAGGGCAGCAACCGUCUUCCUGAGCCUCUGUGUGUCAUUCAGCUGGCUCUGGAAGGUCAAAUCAGCAGAGAGAGCGUGAUCAACAGCUUGAGUCGUGGCCAAAGAGCAGGAGGUGACUUGAUCCCCUGGUUGGUCAGCCAACAGUUCCAGGACGAAGAUUUUGCUGGACUUUCUGGAGCACGUGUUGUUCGUAUUGCCACACAUCCCGACUACAUGAACAUGGGCUACGGUAAGAAGGCUCUCGAGCUCCUGACCGAUUUCUUCGAGGGCAAAUUCACUUCCUUGUCUGAGGAUGAUGGACAAGCUGAAGCAGGAAGCGAGGGUAUGGUGCGUGUCACAGAUGCCGAACUCGAGAAUGCAAGCUUGUUGCAAGAUAACGUGAAGGUCCGCGACAUCUCGACUAUGCCUCCACUCUUCGCCCGUCUCUCUGAGCGCAAACCUACCCGUCUGGAUUACAUGGGUGUUUCAUACGGUCUGACCUCACCGCUGCACAAGUUCUGGAAGCGCGCAAACUACGUGCCCGUUUACCUCCGCCAAACUGCCAACGACCUGACUGGCGAACACACCUGUGUCAUGCUGAGAACACUCGAUAGCGCUUCCUCCUCGGAUCCUGCAUGGCUCGGAGCAUACGCUAAGGACUUCCACCGCAGAUUCCUUAGUCUUUCAUCUUAUCAAUUCCGCAAGUUCACCAGUGUGCAGGCUUUGAGUCUUGACGAGGCUGCCAACGCUGGAAUCAAGCUCGACAGUAGCGUACAACCCAAGCCCCUCACCAAGGGUGAGUUGGACGAUUUGUUCAGCCCCUUCGAUCUCAAGCGUCUGGACAGCUACGCAAACAACAUGCUGGAUUACCACGUCAUCCUUGAUCUGCUGCCCAAGAUCGCCGAGUUGUUCUUCACCGGCCGUAUCAAGGGCGAAGAGGCUGUCAAGUUGAGCGGUGUGCAACAAGCUCUGCUCUACGCUAUCGGUCUGCAACGCAAGACUCUUGAGGAUCUCGAAAAGGAACUCGGUUUGGGCAGCAGCCAGCUGCUUGCCAUGUUCGUCAAGGUGAUGCGCAAGAUGUCGACGCACUUCCGUGGCCUUGUUGAAGGAGCCGUUGCAGAGACCAUGCCGAAGGGCAUCGGUGGUGGUAACACUGAGGCCGACAAGAUUGAUGGCGAGGAGGAACAAAGAUUUGCACCUCUGCAGCAAACUCUGGAGGAUGACCUUGCUGAGGCUGGCGACGAGUACAUGGCCGCCGAGAAGGAACGCGCUCGUGCUAUGAUCGACGCACUUCCUCUGGACAAGUACGCCAUCGCCAACGGUGAGGCCGACUGGGACGAAGCCGAAAAACAGAUUCAGAAGUCAGGAGGUCGCAGCGGUAAGAGCACAACGGUCAGCGUCAAGUCAAAGAAUGCAUCGAGCAAGCGCAAGGCCGGCGAAGCUCUUGAAGAGGCACAAAAGGAGGCAGCCAACUUCGAAGGCAAGAAGAGCAAGAAGGGCAAGAGUUCGAGGUAA